GUUUCUUCCUCCCCGCGACCGCAAAAAUGGCCGACUAUGACCUCUCGAAAACAAUUAUCCCUUUUCUCGACCGUCAUCUCGCUUUCCCCCUGUUGGCGCAUUUAGCAGAAACUGGAAUCUUUCCUGAGAACGAGGUUCAAAUCGCUCAAUAUGAGCUUGCCAGUGGGACAAACAUGUUUGACUAUGCUGCUUCCUUGUUCAGGCAAAUCUAUUCUAAUCAGGAGGUUCCGAAAGAAUUCGACGAGAAGCGACAAAAUGUAGUCUCCAUGCAUGAGACGCUUCAACAAGAAGCACAAGCCGUACUCGACGUUAUAGAAAACCUAGACGUGGCGCAGUCUUUACGACAAGAUAAGAACCAAAAUCUCCACUACCUGAAGGAGCACUACAAUCUCACUCUUGAGCAAAUUACGGCACUUUACAACUUUGGAAAAUUUCAGUAUUCGUACGGAAAUUAUAGCGGAGCUGCUGACUACCUCUACCAUUUCCGAGUUCUGUCGACCGAUGCAGAUUUGAAUCUUUCGGCACAUUGGGGCAAGCUUGCUUGUGAUAUUCUCGCUGGGAAAUGGGACACAGCUCUUGAAGAAUUGAAUACUUUACGUGAAACUAUUGAUUCGCGAACUCCAUCUUCACUUGUUCCUUCGGGGAACGGCUCUCAAGCCGUCGAUCCGGCUCUUAACCAACUUCAUUCGAGGACAUGGCUCGUACACUGGUCCCUGUUUGUCUACUUCAAUCAUCCCCAGGGGCGCGCCCUCCUACUCGAAACCUUUCUUUCCCCGACCUAUCUCAAUACUAUUCAAACCUCGUGUCCGUGGAUAUUGCGCUACCUCGCGGCAGCAGCAGUCAUUUCGACUCCUACACCCUCAUCUACCAAUUCUAUUCCACUCUCCUCACGCGUAAAAAAUGCCGUUCGGGAUGUCGUGAAAGUCAUCCAACUGGAGGGAUCUCAAUACUUCGAUCCCGUGACGGAGUUCCUGAUGCAGCUUCAUGUCGAAUUUGAUUUCGAGGCUGCCCAGAAGGCACUUAGGAAAGCAGAAAAGGUCGUAUCAGAUGACUUCUUCUUGGGAGAGUUCCGAGAAGAGUUUCUAGAAAGUGCAAGGUGUCUUGUAAGCGAGGCAUAUUGCAGGAUUCAUCAAAGAAUCGACAUCGGCGACCUAUCUGAGCGGCUCAACCUCCCUCGAGACGAAGGCGAGAAGUGGAUCGUGAACUUGAUUCGUGAGACGAGGAUGGGACAAGAUGCUAAGAUUGAUCUAGAAAAGAAUUUGAUUCAAAUAUCGAGACCACCUCAGCCGAUAUAUCAAUCAGUCAUCGAAAAAACUCGGGGUCUCGCAAUUCGUACGCAAGCCUUGGGAGCUGCUGUGGCGAGACCCGGAAUCAUGUCAACGAAUGCGAACACGACAACCACCGUUAGCUAGGUUUAUGUAUGUAUGAGCAAGCGGUUUUCUAGCUGACGAAAAUCAUGAAGUAUAAUUCAGAAUUUCAUGGACUUUGUGGCUCGUCAGAAACCAUGCACAUAACUGAAGGCGGAACCACACACGACAGGGAGAAACAAGCAGCGGCUGUAAACGUUUGAUACGGCUUAGAAUGGUUAUGCGGCCAAAUUUGAGCCUCAGGAAUGACGUACUACCACAAAGGAGAGAACGACAUUCUGCGCCAAUUCUGCAGUCACUAUUAUACAAAAAUCAGAUGUACACCUCUUGAUCUGGUUUCCGACCGCAAGCACUUGGGGGCUAAGGGGAAAAGUAUGCGCCGAAAUACCGCUUCUGUAUCAGUUGAUGUCCAGCUGUUCUGUCAAUUACAAUAUUCUCGAUAGACCCAACCUCCCGGAAUAGAUCAACUCCAAAGGACGCGUUCACCAACCGUCACCGUCUUCCGCCCAGCCGCCUUUGUCUCUAACCCCUGUACUUCCAAGUUUCGUCUUUGACCGGGCCUUCCUUCCGCCGAGUUCUUUGUACAUCGCACGCAUCUCUAGCUUCCCGGGAGACGCCGCUACUUCCGCCUCUUGCCUCCACCUCUCUUCCCGGAUCUCUCUGGGGGUUUGGUAGCCCGAAUUGUAGGAUGGGGAAACGUAUCCCGAUCGGGAGCCACGGGAAUAGCUUGUGAGGCUAGAAGUAUAUGAGGACAAGAAAAGAGGCUUUCGAUUUGCUCGGAACGUACCCAAUUCUGUUUGGAUUCUCGUUUAGUCCAUUUGCCGGGCGGUAAGCUAUCAUCGUGAAAAUUCUCCUUUCUAUAAUGUUGGAACCAUACUAGAGCGACAGAUCGUCAGUCCCGAUAGACAAUUGAUCACCAUGCAGCUUAUUGACUCGCCAUAAUUUAUGGUCUGACUUCUAUUCCACUUCUUCGACACCAAAGCGCAUUUCGCUAGAUCUCUGAUAGGUAGCUUGCUAAAUAUCUCUUGAGACACUUCUGUGGGAAAUGCUUUGAGUAUAUCCCUCGAAGACGACGAUGACAGACGCAAUGGUCCCUUCAAAGGUCGUAGAUGUGCUCCUCCACCACUCUUGGUCGGUGAAGACGGUCUAGUCCGUGCUGGGGUUCCCGGCACUGAUACCUGUGUAAUUCAAUCAAAACAGCUGUGAUUUGUCUCUACUUAGCGACCCACCACAUUGACCCACUCGUCUGAGUCGUCCGAAUCACCAUCGCUCGUAUUGGUAUGACCAUUAGCAGACUUCGUGUGCUGUAAGCUGAUACUGUUCAGCUUCUUCUCUAUCGCAAUUGAAUCUGCGCUUGAGCGUAAUACAUCUUGUAACAAUGUACUCAUCGUGGUGAUAACUUAGUGGGAAGAGAGGGGGAAGAAAUAAACCUAAGUUAUUUCAAGCUCCUUUAAAAGGAAAAUCUGCAAAAUUGCUGACAUGAUCAUGACAUCACGGGGAUUUUACACGCCAGUAAAAAGUUGCCAUACACCCUUUGCAUAUGAAACCACUUCGUCUGCACCCAAUUUACUCUCACCGAACAAUCUGUCCACAAAGGUGAUGGGAACCUCCCCAACAGUAUAGCCCAAAGCCUUCGCUCGAACCAUCAUUUCCAUUUGAAAAACAUAACCUUUCGAUUGAGUUACCGUUAUGAUGUGUCGAAGAACAGAGACUCGAUAUAGCCUGAAACGGAGAGGGAGAUAUAUCAGUCGAUACGAACGGUAAAGGAAGCGAAGUAAAAAAUUCUCUGAUAAAUCAUUGCUGCUCACCGGAAACUUCCCGUCAAAUCGCUGACGCCAGGAUUCAGGACGGUCAUAGCCAAGAAGUUAGCACCUCGAGAUAUUAACUUCCGCUUCAAAUCCCAGCCAUGAACGCCUCCUGGCGUCGCAUCAGUAAGGUAAGGUUUGGACGUGGAUCGGUACCGUGUGCCGGUCACAAUAUCAAGAUUGUGGGCCUUU